AUGUCGAGAGAUCAGAAGUUUCUGGCCAAUGAUAUUCCUAUAAAUGGUGUCACAGUGUUCGCUGACAGAGCUGAAAUACGAAGGGUCUUCGAUGUCACGCUAAUUGAAGGUUUGAACACUGUAGUUGUUGAGGUAAGCCUAAAAACCAAAAAAAAAUUAUAAAAACGUGAGACAUUACUCUAAAACAAUUUUUGCGUCAAGUCUCGCACAUUUUAUUAAAAUUUCGUACUUUGGACAAAUUAAAAACAAAAUUUUGUUUCAUGUGAUAAAGCACUGUUUUUAGAAUGUAUCGCAAUAUGUCGAUAGUGACUCGAUUCGAGUUGAUGGCAAAGGAUCUGCUACGAUUCAUGAAGUCAAAUUCAAGUCUGAAUUCGUGUCAGAAGCCGAGAAAGAUACGCCCAAAGUUAAGGCAUUGACCAAGAAUCUGAAGGAACUGCAGGCCAAACGAGACGAUCUUGAAGAUGAACUGACUUUGAAUAGAAAGAAGUUGCAUAGUUUGGACGACAUAAUAAAAAACGUGGGUUUAUUUAUGUUACGUUGGACUUGCAAGCGCUUGACAUAGUCUUUUUGCUGAGUUUCCUUUAUUUUAGGUAAAACUUUUUAAAUUUUUUAUUUAUUUGCCAGCUUAAAGUUUAUUUUCAGCUAGGCCAAGUGUCACUAACUGGAAAGGACAGCUCAUUGAUCACUUUUAACGAAAGCGUUGAACAAAAUCUGGAGAAUCUCUAUGAAUAUCACGCUAAAAAUACUGUGGAGUUGAACAGUAAGAUACGAACGGUUCAACAAGAUUACAAUCAAGUAGAUGAAGAGAUCAGAAGCCUUGAAACUGAGAUUAGUGGUCUCAAAAUAGCGGAUAAUCAGAAGCGAUCAAUCUAUAUUACUCUCGAGACGUACAUGAAGCAGACGAAUGCCGAAAUAGACUUGACAUACCAAGUAAGAAACGCUAGUUGGACUCCUAGCUAUGAUAUUCGAGUAACCACGUCUAACAACAACAGUCUAAAGUUGUACUACUUUGGGAACAUAAAACAGAAUUGUGGAGAAGAUUGGAAGGAUGUUGAUGUUAUGUUGAGCACUAUUCAACCUCAAUGUGGGACAAAGCUGCCUCAGCUUGGAACGAUGAGUGUUCAGUUUCCAGCUGGAAGUGUAGAUUAUCAAGACCAGAAUGUGAGGAUUGUUUCAAGGAAGAUAGAGGAUAUAAAGUGUUGUCCUAAAACCGAAAACAAUGUGUUAUCUACAACAUUCACUGUGCCACAGAAGAAGACGAUCUAUUCCGAGAACUCCGAGCUUAAAGUCACGAUUGUAGCUCUUGAACUAGACCCGGUAUUACACUUCGACUGUGUACCUCGACGUAACUUUGGAGUCUUUCUGACGGCAAGUGCUAUAAAUACGUCUUCUUAUCCUUUGUUGGCUGGUAUGGCGUCAGUGUAUGUAGACAGUAGUUUCUCUGCCAAGAUCCCGUUACCAUCAGUGUAUUCUGGAGAGAGAUUCGACUGUCCUUUGGGCAUCGACCCUUCAAUCAAAGUACAAUACAGACCUGUUCAGAAGUACCUCCAGAAGUCUGGAAUGCUGAACAACUACACGAUGACAAUGUAUGAACAGAAGGUUACCGUGAAGAACGGUAAAGCUGAAGAGGGUGUUCUUGUCACUUUGAUUGACCAUUUACCAAAGUCUGCUGAUGAAAAGAUUAAGGUUCGUUUUGUAAUGUUUUGUCAAACUGUUUAAAGUUUACGCUAUGUUAUACUAGGCUUUUUUGCUUAUAACUAUUAUAACCCUGUGUUUUUGAAGACGUUAGAUUAAAUUAUGAUAAUUUUAGGUAAAACUGUACGCCCCAGAGAUCAAGCCAGUUCAACCAUACACAGGUAUUGGCACAAACGACGACCUCAAGCAGUUGAAGGCUCCAGAAGCUGGGGCUAGACUGAAUGAUUACCAUAACCUCGAGUGGACGGUAGUGUUGAAUCCAUUGGAGGAAAAAGAAUACUCUAUCAAGUACGGGGUGGAAAUACCACCAGCUGAAGUGGUGGAGUACGUUGAAGAGUAA